AAUUUUUUUUUUCCUUUCAUUCUUUCAACUUUAUCGAGGGGAAAUGCGUCAAAAGGCUGGAAAAAGCAAGUGUAGUUUAACAGUUGUUUCUCUCACUCACUCUCUCUCUCUCUUUCUCUCUAGUUCUGUCGAGGGAGUUGCAGAGUGAGAGAGGGAGAGAGAUGGCCGCCGAUUCGAAAGUGGAGACAAUUUCGAGAUUAGCUCAGUGGAGGAUCGAGAAUUUCGGACCUUGCACUUACAAAAAGUCCGACCCUUUCAAGGUCGGAAUAUGGAAUUGGCACCUGUCGAUUGAAAGGAAUCGGUAUCUCUACAUUCGUCUGUUCCCAGAACCAUCACGAGCCUCAAAAGACCAUCCGCCCAUCGCCAGAUUUGUUCUCCGAGUCUCUAAUUCAGGGGCUAACCGCAGAUUCUACAUCUCUCCAAUUCAUGAGAGACUGCUCCGGACUAGCGAUGACUUUGUGUGGCCUGUUGAUUCCAAUUUUCUUGGUCGCUUCAUCAUUGAUGUUGAGUUUCUGGACCUGAAGAUUUGCCCACUGAAUGGUGGGGAAGCCAGCUCUAUCUGGCCCACCGAUGGAGCGAUGCAAUCUCUUGCAUCCCAAAGCACUCUUCAGUGCCUCUCCCGCAUGCUCGACGAGGCUAUCCACGCUGAUGUCACCAUCAACACAUCUGAGGGCACGCUGAGGGCCCACAAGGCCAUACUUGCUGCAAGUUCUCCUGUAUUCUCUAGCAUGUUUGUGCACGAUCUAAGGGAGAAAGAGUCAUCAACAAUUGACAUAGAAGACAUGUCACAGGAAUCUUGCAUGGCUCUUUUGAGUUACUUGUACGGAACUAUAAAGCAAGAGGAUUUUUGGAAACACCGGCUGGCGUUGCUCGGUGCAGCAAAUAAGUACGACAUUGUGAACCUGAAAGAGUCGUGUGAGGAAAGUCUAUUGGAGGACAUUAAUUCUGGAAAUGUCCUCGAGCGGUUGCAAGAAGCGUGGCUUUACCAGCUGAACAAGUUGAAAAAGGGUUGCUUGAUGUACUUGUUUGAUUUCGGCAAGAUUUAUGAUGUUAGAGAUGAAAUUAAUGACUUUUUCAGGCAGGCAGAUAGGGAGCUGAUGUUGGAGAUGUUUCAGGAGGUGCUUACCGUUUGGAAACCAGCAUAAAUAUUCACAGAAUGGGUUGCUCGAUCAAGUAAUGCUAAAUAACUAAUGUGUGUAUUUUCAUAGUUUGGCGGUUUGUAUAUAUGGCAUCUAACGUUUGACGGUUUGUUGUAUGUAUAGUGCUAUACUGGGAUGAUAUCUGUUUGGGGGUUCGAAAUGUGCUUAAAAUUGCAUGUUAA